AUGGAGGCGGAGGUCGAUAAGCUGGAACUGAUGUUCCAGAAAGCUGACUCUGAUCUGGAUUACAUUCAGUAUAGGCUGGAAUAUGAAAUCAAGACUAAUCAUCCUGAUUCACCAAGCAAGAAAAAUCCGAUUACACUUGUAAAGGAAUUGUCAGCAAUAAAGUCUCGAUAUCAAACUUUGUAUGCACGUUUUAAACCAGUUGCUGUUGAGCAGAAAGAAACUAAGAGCCGCAUUUGUGCUACUUUGAAUAAGACCAUGACCAUGAUACAAGAACUACAAAAGCAGACAGACCUGGAGUUGUCACCAUUGACUGAAGAAGAGAAAACUAUGACAGAACAAUUAAAAUCUCACAUGCCAGAUUUAUGAAGAAAUGGAAUUAAAAAAGAGAACGCUGAUAAAGAAGAGAUCAAUUCCAGAGAAACUCGGCAAGAUGAUGACUGGAGAUGGGGAGCUGGUAAAAGAGACAGAAGUUUGGCUUGAGUGACAGGUUUCAUUGAUAGGAGACUGCAAGAGCAGCAGAUCUUAUGGGAAUAGAGGGAUUUAAAGAUAUAUACACAUAUACUUAGUUUUGUAAUUUCAGGUAAGGAAUCCCCUUAACAUGAUUUUCCAUCUGUUUCCUUUUUUGUAUAGUUGGAAUAAUGGAGAUGUGCUGGCCAUCAUAAAAGAAUGUCCAUGUACAUUUUAGUCAGUCAGUGUGAACGAGCAUACUUUAGAAAUUAAAGGUGAAGGGCUGGCAGUGUGGCUCAAGUGGUAAGAGUGCCUGCCUAGCAAGUGUGAAGCCCUGAGUUCAAACUCCAGUACUGUCAAAAAAAUAAAUAAAUAAAAACAACAGAAAUUAAAGGUGAAAUAUUUGUAUUGUACAUUGCAUAUAGGUAUAUAAUCUCAUUUUUGAAAAUGUUGAUUGGAGAUAGGAUCACAUUAUUGGUGAGACCACUUAAGUGAUAUGUAAUCUCUCAAACUAAUGUAAUAAAGUGGUUUGUGUGGUAGCAUCACUUUUAUUUUUUCCUAUUACCUGACAAUGUUGAUCAGUAUGAGCUUGGUUUCAAAAACUAUUUUAGACUGUCCCCAUGGUAUUUCUGUAUUAGUUUUCUUUCAGCAUAUAUUUGUAGUUGAUAUUCUAUAUGAAAGCUAAGAAACUGAAAUCACUGGAGUAUUUAACUGCUAAUUGCCAGUUUUGUAUGGGUGUGAGAGUAAGUUUCCUUACUUAUUUUGUGGUGCUGGGGAUAGAACCCAGGGGCUUGCACAUGCUAGGCAAGUGCUCUACUACUGAGUUACAUCCCCAGCCCUU